GCUUAGAUUUCUUCAUCUGCAAAAGUCUACAUGGAGGAGCACAACCUCCUCCAACCGUUAAUCUCCACAACCACCAAUGCCACCGCCGCCGCCACCACAGAAGACGAUGUCACAGAAUCAACCUCACCAGUCAUGUACCGUGUUGCCUUGGUCAUCUUCAUCGGAAUCUUAUCCAUUUGGGCAAAUUAUGAAGCCUCCAAAGGCUUUGAAGUAACCAUCGUUAAUGAAGCCGGAGAUACCCCGGCAGGUCGUCGAUUUGCGCUCUUCUUCAUCUCCGAUGACAAGGCAACCAGAAUAGUCCUAAGUACGAGCCAUUUCGCUGAACAAGUUCUCUACCCAAAGGCCAGCCACCCCAAGAAGCAAGUUAACCGUGUCACCUUGAGGCUCGCCGGCCGGAAUUUAACACAGGCCGUGGUAGUCAACGUGAGCAACAACAACGAGUUUGAUCUUCACAUCAGCCCCUCGGUGAUGGAAGAGAUUAACCUAAAGAAGGCUAUGGUCUCGGCGGUGCAACGAGGGAUGGCUCGUGUAUGGCUUUGGGAUGGAGAGAUGAGUGCCCCAACGUCCCUUAUUGAUGGAAUAGUUGAGUACGUCGGAAUCUCUGCGGGGUUUGCUUCAUCGUCGGUUUCCGGCUGCCUAGACUCGCCGGAAUCAUCUUACGACAAUAGUUGCUGGAAUGAUAGGGACAGUUUGGUUGUCGCAAGCUUCUUGACCUAUUGUGAGCGGGUCAGGAAUGGGUUCAUUGGCCGGUUGAACCAAGCCAUGCGUGAAGGGUGGCACGUGCGAAUGAUAGAUGAUGCGUUAGGUCUGCCAACUCAGCAGCUGUGCUCAUCCUAUAAUUCUUCGACGAUAGAGAUACCAAACACAAUGGGACCCACUCCAGGGUAG